UCUCUCUCUCUCGCUCUCUUGCGCUGCGUUUUGCUUUGCUUUCUGUUUAGCUCUUCUUUUUAUCUGUCUCCACAACACUAUUGCCUCUCCGUAUUCCUCAACACAGCAAACACAACAACUCAUAAAAGCACAGCAAAGAAUAAACCAAACCAAAAAGAAAAGCAAAGAUCUUUCACUGUCUUUCAAGCUUUGAAGAAGAAGAAGAAUAAAUAUAUGGGUAUUCUACACGACGACAUAGUGAUCAUUAGGCAACCAGAGAAUGAAGGAGAGCCAAGUGUUAUCACUAUUAACUGCCCUGAUAAAACUGGUUUAGGCUGUGAUUUAUGCCGCAUCUUGCUCUUUUUUGGUCUUAGCAUUGUUAGAGGAGACGUAUCUACAGAUGGGAAAUGGUGCUACAUAGUGUUUUGGGUGGUUUGUAAGCCAACAACAAGAUGGGAUUCUUCGAGAUGGGAAUUGUUGAAGAAAAGACUAAUUGAGGCUUGCCCUUCUUGCUCUUCAGCUUCUGAGAUUUCUUAUUACCGUUCUGAAUUGCAGCCUCCUAAGCCUCCCGAUGUGUUUCUCCUCAAACUUUAUUGCUAUGACAGAAAAGGCCUUUUACAUGAUGUGACAAAAGUUCUGUGUAGUCUUGAACUCAAUAUAAAGAAAGUGAAGGUAUCAACAACUCCAGAUGGCACAGUGAUGGACCUAUUCUUUGUUACAGAUACCAGGGAACUAUUACAUACAAAAAAAAGGCAGGAGGACACUUAUAAAGCAUUGGAAGAUGUUAUGCAGGAUGCUAUGAUUAGCUGUAAUAUUGAAAAGUCUGGACCUGAAAUUACUGCAUGUUCUCUGGCAUCUCCAUUUCUCCCAUCUGCAAUAACAGAAGAUAUUUUCCACUUAGAGAUGUCCAAUGAACUCCCAAGUGUAUCACUUACUUCCAACAAUGUUUCUGUCAUUAUGGACAACUCACUCAGUCCUGCUCACACACUUGUUCAGAUCGUUUGCCAAGAUCAUAAAGGUCUUCUCUACGACAUAAUGAGAACUCUAAAGGAUUACAACAUUCAGAUUUCAUAUGGACGCUUCUAUAUAAAACAAGGAAGAAAGUGUGAGAUUGACUUGUUUAUAAUGCAAGCUGAUGGGAAAAAGAUAGUUGAUCCUAGCAAGCAAAGUGCAUUGUCCUCACGUCUGCAGAUGGAACUGCUCCAACCACUCAGAGUGGCUGUAGUGAGCCGGGGUCCUGAUACUGAGCUUCUGGUUGCAAAUCCUGUAGAGUUAUCUAGCAAGGGUCGGCCUCUUGUUUUUUAUGACAUUACCCUUGCUCUAAAGACGCUUAACACUUGCAUCUUCUCGGCAGAGAUUGGAAGACACAUGAUUGGAGAUCGAGAGUGGGAAGUUUACAGAGUUCUACUAGAUGAGGGGGCUAGCUUAUCUGUUCCAAGGCGAAAGGUCGAGGAAGGAGUUUGGAAGCUGUUGAUGGGUUGGGAAUAACUAUGAUCACCACAUCGUUCCUUCUGGAUGAUCACGGCCCCUGGCAGUAUACUUUGCCCUGCGACUGCAUCGCAAUGCAGUCAGAUGUAAAUUAUGGGUCAUAUGUUACUAAAAUUUCACAUCUUAGAGUUCCAGCUUCACCGGUAACCUUGUGAUAGAGAGGAGAUGAAGGAAUAGUAAGGUUCUUAUGGCAAUGUAUACUUCAGAGUUGUAUCAUAGAGGUAGAUAUCAUGCAUAUCUUGUUAUGUAAGUAUCUUUUAUCAUGGGCCCUUUGCUGGGUCUGUUGGGUUAUAUGAAAGCAAUCCGUACGAAAUUUCUAAAUCAAUUUUCAUUUCCCUGUAACAUAAAU